AUGUACGUCCUUCGAAGUCUGAUAGAGCCACCACAUUCUGGGUUGCGAGCGCUAGGUGUUCUACUAACAUUGCUUCAGGAUUACAUUUCCGCUGGCGCCAUCGUUCGAGAGGAUUUGUCGGACGCUCAACUUAUAAUCUCUGUUAAGCAGGUUCCUGUUGACCAGCUGAUAGCUAACAAGACCUAUGCAUUCUUUUCGCAUACUAUCAAAGCCCAACAAGACAACAUGGAAAUGUUGGACACCAUCUUGCAAAGGAAAAUUCGGCUAAUAGAUUACGAAAAAAUCGUGAACAAGAAGGGGAAACGUCUCGUCAUGUUUGGAAAAUGGGCUGGGAAUGCAGGUUUCAUCGACAUUUUACAUGGUCUCGGAUUGAGGUUAUUAGCCCUUGGUCACCACACGCCAUUUUUACAUGUUGGUCUUGCUCACAACUACAGCGAUUCUCACUCAGCUAUUAAUGCCCUUCGCGACAUCGGCUACGAAAUCGCGCUCGACAAAAUGCCAAGGUCUCUCGGCCCUUUGGUUUUUGUGUUCACCGGCUCAGGUAAUGUAUCCCAGGGAGCCCAGGAGCUUUUCCAGCACCUCCCACAUGAAUUUGUCGACGUUGCUACACUGCCAAAAGUUGCACAGAAAGGACAGUUGAACAAGGUGUACGGAUGUGUUGUUACUCGUGCUGACCACAUGGUGUCGAAGAAAGGAACUCCAUUUGAUAAAGCCGAAUUCGAGGAACAUCCUGAGCGCUAUAUCUCAAAAUUUGCGACUGAGAUAGCUCCUUACGCGACAGUUAUUAUCAAUGGAGUCUAUUGGGAUGCUCGAACUCCUCGACUGAUCACUAUCCCCGAUGCUAAGCACCUGCUCACUCCUGUGCAUAGGUAUGAUAUGCCUGGAUGUCCAACGUUGCCUCAUCGACUUGUCGCAAUCUGCGAUAUUUCUGCGGAUCCGGGAGGUUCAAUCGAGUUCAUGACAGAAUGCACUACAAUCGACAAGCCUUUCAUGAUCUAUGAUGCCGAUUUCCAUACUAGCAGUGACAGGUAUGUUACCAGUUGGACUAGGGGACGUGCAGGAUAUUUUGUCCGACGGCAGCGC